GCGGCUUUUUUGGUUCAGUAGUCUGUAGGCUGCCUGAAGACCGACAGCUCUACCAGGAGGUGGAGUACCGUAGCUCUUCAACUCCGCGGGACCAGACAUUUGCAGCUAUGUGGUUAUUGAGCUGAAAUCACACAUUUGCUGACUGUAAUAGAUGACAGCAUCCAAAAGACAUGGAGCUUCUUAAAUCUGUGACCUUGUGGAUAUUUUGUCUGUGCCUAUUUGGAGAGUGUGCAUCUGAAAAGCAAAGUUCUCCAACAGUGGAUGGUCAAAAUGGUGAAAGCGGAGUGUCCGAUUUUUGUCGUAUCGAUGAACCACUAUGCAAAGAUGACAACGCCAUCCUCACCUUUGAGGCUAUCCGUAGUAUCCAUAAGCAGAUGGAUGAUGACGCAAACGGCAAUGUAGACGUAGUAGAGACAGAUGGAUUCCUUCGAGAAGACCUUAACUACCAUGACCCCAAGGCCAAACACAACAGCUUUCAUGGCGAUGACCAGUUCAUUAGUGUGGAGGAUCUGUGGAAUGCAUGGAAGGGUUCUGAAGUGUAUAAUUGGACUGUAGAUAAAGUGGGGGAGUGGCUCAUCAGCUAUGUGGAACUGCCUCAGUAUGUGGAUGCAUUUCGCAAGCUGGCUUUCAAUGGAAGUGUUAUGCCAAGGCUUGCUGUAAAGAAUGCUACUCUGACAGUCUCUAUUCUGAAGAUUCUGGAUCGCAGCCAUGUGCAAAAAUUACAACUCAAAGCUUUGGACACUGUUCUUUUUGGACCCCCCCUAAUGAAUCGACACAACCACCUGAAGGACUUCAUGCUUGUGGUGUCAAUAGUCAUAGGAAUGGGAGGCUGCUGGUUUGCCUACAUACAGAAUCGUUACUCAAAGGACCAUAUGAAGAAAAUGAUGAAGGACUUGGAAGGCCUGCAGCGUGCUGAGCAGAGUUUGCAUGAUCUACAGCAAAAGCUGCAGAUUGCCCAGGAGGAGCAUCGGUCUGUUGAAGUGGAGAAGGUGACCCUGGAACAAAAGCUGAGGAAUGAGAUAAAUGCUGCAAAGCAAGAAGCUCAGCGACUGAGGGAGCUGCGAGAAGGCUCUGAGAAUGAGCUGAGUCGGCAGAAGUAUGCAGAAGAAGAGCUAGAACAGGUGCGCAUGGCUCUGAAGAAAGCUGAGAAGGAGCUGGAGUCCCGGAGUGGCUGGUCACCACCAGAGCCUCUGCAGAAGUGGCUGCAGCUUACCCAUGAGGUAGAGGUGCAGUACUACAACAUCAAAAAGCAAAAUGCUGAACGGCAGCUCCUGGUGGCCAAAGAAGGGGCAGAGAAGAUAAAGAAAAAGAGAAACACUCUAUUUGGGACGUUCCAUGUGGCUCAUAGCUCCUCACUGGAUGAUGUGGACCAUAAAAUAUUGGCUGCAAAGCAAGCCCUCGGUGAGGUGACUGCUGCUCUGAGGGAAAGGCUGCACCGCUGGCAGCAGAUAGAGGUGCUCACAGGCUUUACUAUAGUCAAUAAUCCAGGCCUUCCCUCACUGGCCUCAGCCCUCAACCUUGAUGCCAGCUUCAUGGGUGGCAGAGCCACGCCUCAGCACUUUGUCAUGUCGGACGAUAUGGACGACUUGGAUGAAGGGAUUUUACCUGGAACUCUGCAAUAUCGCACAAUGCAGCCGGGGCGGCGAGUCAGUGACCUGUGGCCUAUUGCUUCAGAUUGCCAGUUCAUGUGGAAAUAUACUGCUCCCAGUAUGAUGUCCCUGCGCCAACGCCACAUUGACCCCCAGCUGGCAUUGGGUUCCCAGAGGUUGGUAGAGAGUUCUCUGCUGGCAGGGCAGCAGGGAGAGGGAAACCCUUAUCCGUCUAAGCCUAGGCCUGCCUUCCUGCAGUCUCGAAGUCAUUCGUUUGGGCAGCUAGAAUGUCUUCCUCUGCAAACUCUCUCCUCAGCUGUCUCUCACCCGUCAGUCAUCUGUUCUUCCAACCCAAUCCCUCAGUCUCUGCCAUCCUUGUCCUCUUCCUCCUCCUGCUUGCCCAGCACCGUUGCUGGCGGUGUUGCACAUCAUUCCUCCCAUGUACAUCAUGCUGCUUUCCAACCCAUGGACCCCAUUCCUGAUUAUAUCUCCAAAGUUCAGUCCUCAUGCGACAGUCUCGGGGACUUGAAUCGCUCCGACUCGGACUCCUCGUUGUCCCUCUCACAAGUUGGUGAUCGGCUCUCGGCCUACAGCUCCAGAAGCCGUCUAAUCAAACCCACCUCUCUUGUGUAUGGGCUGCCCGUACAAUCAGACGACACCGUCUCCCUGCACUCCCUCAGCUCUAACGGAGGGAACCGCAUUUAUGAAGCCGGAGCCACAGAGGCUUUUUCCGGCAGCCCAAUAUUAAUGAGGGAGAUUCAUCCCAUGGAGAAGUCACCCAGUAUGGGAGAGAUCAACAACUUCUCCGAGUCAUCCCGUUCUUUUAGCCCCAACUCAACGGAGCCCGAUACGCCAUCCCCAACAGGAGGCCAAACAGGAGUUGCGGGGGUGAAAGGUAGCAGUCGCAUCCCCCAGCUGUCCUCCAAGAAAAGUCCUCUGGAGGAGGACAGUGGAUCAACAGGAGAAGACACAGAUCCCAGCGUCACCCGCAAGAAACUUCCCUUCAAAAUCUUCAAGAAACAGAAGAAAUAAGAGCAACAUAAACUGAAAGGCUAUCAAAGCUGCUUGACUGUAUUCCUGUAGUUUUUCUUUCUCUUUUUUUUUAUGUCUGGGGUUUGAUUAUGUUCAAAAGAUGGCAAUAUUUAUUGCCAUUGCAUCUUUUCUGUAGGUUACAACACCUACUUUGGACUGUGGGAGCAACCAGCUGUUUCGCUUUAUCUGCUUAUUUGGUCAGUGUUUGAACCUAAUGGCAGCGGGCAGGUAUGUACAUUGGAAUGUAAAGUAUUAUUUAUUCCCGCGGAACGUUGCGUCAGUCUGAAAGGGAAACGUCUCCCUCAUGGUUUUUUCUUUCUUGUUCUACAAUUUGACAUUUUGCAUGUCUUCUCUUUCGGUUGGCUGAUUCGCUCUUAGUGUUUGCUUGGUUCUUGUUGUUAUCGA